AUGAGUCCACCGAGCCCUUUUGAUUUCAGAGAAGCCACCAGCGCUUUUGGUGAAAUUCGAGAAGAGGGCAAAAAAGAGAAUUAUAGGAGUCCAAUAUGGCAGGCAGCCAUUGAUAGAUAUUAUGAAGAGUUGAGAAAAGGAGGAGUCAAAGGCCCAACUAUUGAUCGCGAUGUCUGGAGCAUCCACAGUCCGGAUGACCUUAUUCAACAAAUCAAUGAUUUUGCACCGCCCAAUUCCAGCGUUUCUAGCCAAUGGGUCGGAACUCUGCGCAGACUGGAACCAAUACUUCUUAGUCUCAAUGAUUUUGCAGCGGUUAUCACAUUGGCCCUAGGGAUGCAGGGUCAAGUUGCUGCAAUUAUUUGGGGGUCUAUAAGACUAAUAUUAAAGUUUGCGCGACCAGUCCUUCCCGAAUUACUCGAUAUGUUCGAAGAAUUAGGCCGAGCUUUACCAAGGUUCCGCAAAUAUGAGCAAGAGUUGCCAAUCACAAAAGCAUUAGAGGAAGCUCUCGUGGCAACGUACACUGAGAUAAUUCUAUUCUGCGCUCAUUCCAUUGCAUUUUUUCGAAACAAUCCGAAUAUAGCGCAUAGUCGAAGCGCCUGGUCCAGAUUUAGCAAUGACUUCCCCAAGGUUAUGAAGAACAUUCGACACUACUCAAGGGUUGUGGACGAAACAGCCGACAUGAUACGUCUUUCCAGAGAGACUCACUCAGCGGACACAAUCGACGCAAUGAGUUUCCUACAGGAUUCCAAACCCAAGGAAAUGAAUAUUCCGUGUUACAUGAUACCAUACGGUCUCAACAACAGGUUUUUUGGAAGACCACUUGAGAAUGAUCUUCUGAAGGGCAUGCUCGAUCCAGAUGAAAGCACUAAGAGCAUGAAAGUGGUCUCGAUCUACGGAACAGGGGGGGUCGGGAAAACACAACUCGCCCUGCACUACGCCAACACUUCAGCAAAUCUAUUUGAUGUAAUUGCUUGGAUUCCCUCGGAAACACAAAUCAAAUUCACGCAAGCUUUGGCGAAAUUCGCAUCCAAGCUUGGUGUCCCGAAACCGGAUGAUACAGAGGAUGAAUAUCAAUCGAUCCAGAAAGUGAGAGACUGGCUGAAUGUAUCCGGGAAAACUUUCCUUUUGGUAUUUGACAAUGUUGAAGAUCACGGGAUUUUGGAACAACUUUGGCCAGCCAGCACUAAUGGGUCUGUCAUCAUCACUUGCCGCUCACAUUCCGUUGCAACUAAGCGUACCACCAAUUUGAUACAUCUGCAAUGUUUUGCAGCGGAGAUGGGUACAGAGGUACUUUUCUCGUUGACUGGUUUGAAACCAUCGAGUGAAGAGGAUGCAGCAGCUGCAAAAGAAUUGUGCGAGCUGCUAGAUGGGUUUCCCCUUGCCAUGGUCCAGCUGAGCGAAUUCAUCAACGAGCGUGGAUAUUCUUAUCAGGAGCUUUUGCCUGUUUACAAAAGGUCAGCAGCAAAGAUAUUCGCAAGAUCAGCGGUGCCACUACAAUACGAACAUACGUUAAACACAGUUUGGGAUGUUUCGUUCCAAUCGUUAUCCACUGAAGGAAAGAUACUGCUGAAUAUGCUUACCUUCUUCGAUUCCGACGCGAUACCGGAAUGGCUACUCUCAAACCCAAGAGCCAAUAUUACUGAGCCACGCCUAAGCUUCUUAUUGGAUGAUUUCGAGCUCAUGAAACUGGUUGAGACGCACUCGCUUAAGACCACUAACGUGGAGUUAUUUGCGGAGUUGAUUUUCCGCGCCGGAACGUACCUUUGGGAACGCGAGCAACCGACAACUGCACGUUACUUCUUUGAAUAUGGCCUUUCACUCGAUAUCAGCCACUCCACUCGGAAUUAUGCGCAUGCCUGUCGACUUUUAGGUCAUAUUGCACUAGACUUGGCACAACCAGACUCUGCGUUGAGUGCCUAUCAGAGGGCAUUAACAGUAAGAAAAGAAUUAGAACAAGAAAACUCUCCCCCAAUUGCAGAUGUAUACGACUCGAUAGCUUGCAGUUACACCGAGCAAGGAAGGGUUGCCGAAGCAUUUCAAUAUCUUUCAAAGGCAGCAGCUAUUCACAACGCACACAACCCGCUUCAUAUGGCCAGAACACAUGCAAUCUAUGCCAUGACGUAUCUCCGCGCCGAACAACCGGAGGAGGCAUUGGUGUCAUUAAAGAAAUGCUGGGAAUUGCAAAACCUGACUGAAGAACAGAUAAUUGAUUCCAAGUACCCCAAGCAUAGUGGUGAUAUUGUUCUUUUAGCGAGGAUCAAGUAUGCUCAAGGGUUGAAGCAAGAGGCUCAGCAGCUUGCUUCUAGGACAAUUUCCAUUCGCAGGGGUCUUUUCGGCGAUAGAGGACCUAGAGUAGCUGACUCUAUGUUUCUUGUUGCUCGGAUGUUGGUAGCCAUCGAUGAGAAUGUAUUGGCCGCGAAAAUGCUUCGCGCAAUUGUUGACAUGAGCCGAGGUGUGUCUGAAAUGCAAGGACAUCUCGCUAGAGCCUUGUGGUUUCUCGGGAUCUCAGAGUUACGAUUGGGUAACGCGGUUUCCGCUGAGCAGUUCAAAAUUGAAGCUCUAAAGGAGCGCAACAAGCUUGGUGGGAGAGGUAAUUUAUCAGAGGAUAAUGAUCACUGCUUCGAGAGUUUGGUUGGAUGGAUGCUCUGGUGA